GGCACGUCGUCUUUGCAGCAGCAUCAGCAGCACAGACGACACCUGACAUUUUUCUCCUGGAGACGGCACACAUAUUUCAUAUUUCAUCUUUCUUGUCUUGGAAGGAAAGGAGGAAGAGGCGACGAUCUUCACCCCCAUGGCUGCUUCCUGUGCACAAUUUGGCGGUCUGGAGCGUUACACAUCGGACCCUUGAUGCUCCAGUGUGUCCUGAGAGGAGGCAGUGCAUUGUAGACAACACCCACACACACACACACACACACACACACACACACACAGACACACACACACACAGGGCAGAGAGGAAGACCCUCGGAGGACACGAUGAAAGAUUUGAUCCUGGCUCUGAUGCUCCUGCUGCCUCUGGUCUCCUCGGAGUCGGAGCAUUGCAUCAUCAUGCGAGAACAUGAGAAAUGCAUGGAGAGGAUGGCAAUGCACAACCCCAGCGAUGACUUGGACAUGAUGUGUCCGUGGCUGUGGGACAACCUGACUUGUUGGCAGGCGGCCAGCGUGGGUGAGGUGGUGGUGGUCAACUGUCCAGAGUUCUUCAACGAACUCAUGGGCCCGGAGGACGAGAUGGGGACGGUCAGUCGUAACUGCACCGAGGACGGAUGGUCGGAACCUUACCCUCACUACCUGGACGUCUGUCUCUUUUACGACAACGCCACCAAACCGGACAUGUACUACGCAUCAGUCAAGGCGCUGUACACUGUGGGCUACAGCACCUCCCUGGUGUCGCUCACCACCGCCAUGGUUAUUCUCUGCAGGUUCAGGAAGCUCCACUGCACCAGAAACUUUAUCCACAUGAACCUCUUUGUGUCCUUCAUGCUGAGAGCCAUCUCCGUCUUCAUCAAGGACGGAGUUUUGUACGCACAAGAGGACAGCGACCACUGCUUUGUCCACACGGUGGCGUGUAAAGCUGUGAUGGUUUUCUUCCACUACUGCGUCAUGUCCAAUUACUUUUGGCUCUUCAUUGAAGGCCUUUACCUCUUCACUCUGCUGGUGGAGACUUUCUUUCCUGAGAGGAGAUACUUCUACUGGUACACCAUUGUUGGCUGGGGAACUCCCACUAUUUGUGUAACUGUCUGGGCCGUCCUCAGGCUCCAUUUCCACGACACUGGAUGCUGGGAUACAAAUGAGAACACUGCCCUCUGGUGGGUGAUCAAGGGACCUGUCGUGGCCUCCAUCAUGAUCAAUUUUGUGCUCUUUAUUGGAAUCAUCAUCAUCCUGGUGCAGAAGCUUCAGUCUCCGGACAUUGGCGGCAAUGAAUCCAGCAUUUACCUCAGCUGUGCUCAGAAAUGCUUCAGUGAGCCCUCACAGGCUGUUCAACAUUCGUGCAGGAUGUCAGAGUUAUCCACCAUCACGCUGCGCCUGGCUCGCUCCACCCUCCUGCUCAUACCACUCUUUGGAAUUCACUACACCGUCUUUGCCUUCUCUCCCGAGGACGUCAGCAAGAGGGAGCGUCUGGUCUUCGAGUUGGGCCUAGGAUCGUUCCAGGGUUUCGUGGUGGCUGUCCUCUACUGCUUCCUCAACGGGGAGGUGCAGUCAGAGAUCAAGAGGAAAUGGCGCAGCUGGACCGUGAACCGGUACUUUGCUGUGGACCUGAAGCAGCAGAGGCAUCCUUCCUUGGCCAGCAGCGGCGUCAACGGCGGGACUCAGCUGUCCAUCCUGAGCAAGAGCAGCUCCCAGAUACGCAUGUCCAGCCCCCUGGCGGAGAGCGCCAACAUCAGCCUGCCCACUUGAGCGUGUGAGCGCCCCCCUCGCCGCCGCCAGCCGCCACGCCGCCUCCAUGAAUCCUCGCCGGGCGGAAGAGACCAAAGCGCCGCACACACAAGUAGAGUACUCCUCAAGUUAUUAGCGCCAGCAUUUUCUUAUUCCAGCCUCACUGUCAUUCUCACUUCAAUUUGGUCCAGGCUUUACAAAUUCACUUUUUCAACCUUUUUAAAGCUCUUUUAAUGAACUGUGAUCGUACUGUAGGGGUCCUCUUUGGCUUUGUGUACAGUCCUGUGCUUCAAAGUGCCAUACAAGUCGCCUGAAUGGAGUCCAAAGGUUUAAAACACACACACACGCACACACACACGCACGCACACACACACACAAUUGCCUCGCUUGUACAUGUUAAUGCUCAUUGUUUAAAUGUUGCAUUUUGCUUUUUUCUACAAACAGCCGUAAAGUACUGAGUAUGUCAAAAGAUAGACACAAAACAAAACAAAACAAAAAAAACCUCAUGGAUUUUGUAAAUAGAAGAUCAGAUUUGUUUCUGUAUUCAUUAGUUUUGCAUCGUAUUGAAACAUUCUAUUCUGCAAAAGAGAGACAAAAAAAAAAAAGGACUGGAGUCCAAAUCUGUGGAAAGAAAGCUGGAAUAUAAAAAUAAUCAAUGUCAAAAUCCAACUUGUACAUCUCGAACGUUAGAUACCGUAUUUCCUUGAAUUGCCGCCUUGGCGCUAAUUUUUUAAAACCUCUUCUCACAACGGCAUGCGGUAAAUUUAGGCCUGCGCUUCUAAAUUUGAGUGUGAUGUAAGGAUACCAUCAUGAAAAGCACAUUUAAUAAAAAAAACAAUAUUAUGGUCUUACCUUUACUUAUAAAUGAAGUCCAUGCGCAGCUCCUUCUGAUCAAAAGCAUAGAUAACUUGUUUAUAGAAGUCUUCCUUAUCUUUCUUCAGUUUUAAAGGUCUCUCUGUCUCGAUGGAGAUCUUCCUUUAUGACCUCCUGCUUCGAUUGAAAGUCCAGUUUAGAAAACAGGUUUAUUUUAGAUAUGUAAUCCUCCAUGUUAAAAGUGCAAGCGAGAGGAAAAACUAAUUGAUCGUUGCUUGUUGUGACUUCUUCUGCAGCCGAGUAGUCGCAAGAAGGAUCACUAGCACCCUCUACCACCAGGAGGCGGGAGUCAUUUAAUGACUCAUAUUUGACACACGCAGCUACGGUAUAUAAAUAAAACAUAGCUGCUUACUGAUCUUUUUAGCAUAUUCAAUAGCAUGGAACUUAAAUCCUACUGAAUAGCUCUUAAUCUUCUUCCCUUUAUGCGAUUUCAAAUGAUCGAAAUCAGCCUCCUCCAUUUGUGACGUGACGAGUUUGACCCGGUGGAAAUUCUAGGCAUAUGCUAAUUAUUUGACAAAACGAGUUUGACCCGGUGGAAAUUCCAGACAUGCACUAAUAGAAAUAAUAUUUUGCGAUACGAGUUUGACCCGGCAGUAAUUCUAGGCAGGCGCAUACUGUAUAUUCAAGGAAAUACGGUAUGCUAAAAAAUAAUAAUAAUGAAUGAAUAGCUAUUAUAAAACAACAUCUUAGCUUUUUGUUGGAGCGGACAAGGUCAAUUAGUGUAGCAACUAUGAACAGCUGUCAUUCAGUAUUGAUUGUCCACCUCCUGAGCGUUAUAGACCAUGCCUGGUUUCACUCCUUUGACGCACUGCCAUCAGAAAAGUCUGUUUCACGCUUGGAACACCAGAAUAAUGUCCUUGUCCUGCUCCGUAUUCUUCCAAUCAUUCUCAGAUUGAUGGCGGUGCAUCAUGACCACGUGCAGCCAAACAAGGGCUGCCUCUUUAUCUUCAUGUUGACGCUCAAAACUUGGCAAAUAGGGAAUUCAAAAGUAAUAUUUAAUCAUUUUGUUAUUAUGUUAUGGUCGCUGUUGUAUUUUGUAUAAUAAUGGCAACACUAUUGUAUGAAUGUCGAGUGCAUCCAAGCCACAUUUAGGCUGAGAGCCAAUGAACAAAGCUUGUGAAGCUCCUGAUGAUAUCAAUCCUGCACUUUUAGUGGCGACAUGAAGGAUUUGAUGAUAUCAGUCCUGCACUUUUAGUGCCGACGUGAAGUAAUAUGUCCAUGAAGGUCCUUCCUCACAGUGCCAUGCCCAUUUACUCAUACUCUUCUACGUCUUGCUGGGCCAAAUGUCUUCAUCUGCAGCUUUGGACUUUGUACAAUGAUAUCAACAUCAGAAUGAUACCAAUCCCCUAUCAUCCUGUGAAAGUGAUAUCAACCCUGGUGAUAUCAGACCUCAUUAAACAUGCUGUCAAAGUAGUAGCAUGUCAAUCCUUCUCAACAUCCAAUCAAAGUGGCAUCGAUUGUCCUUAACAUUGUGAUACAGUGGCAUUGUGACUCCAGAACAUCCUGUCAAAGUGAUAUCAAUGCUCCAUAACAUCCUGUCAAAGUGAUAUUAAUGCUCUAUAACAUCCUGUCAAGGUGAUAUCAAUGCUCCAUAACAUCCUGUCAAAGUGAUAUCAAUGCUCCACCAUAACAUCCUGUCAAAGUGAAAUCAAUGCUCCAUAACAUCCUGUCAAAGUGAUAUUAAUGCUCCAUAACAUCCUGUCAAAGUGAUAUUAAUGCUCUAUAACAUCCUGUCAAGGUGAUAUCAAUGCUCCAUAACAUCCUGUCAAAGUGAUAUCAAUGCUCCACCAUAACAUCCUGUCAAAGUGAAAUCAAUGCUCCAGAACAUCCUGUCAAAGUGAUAUUAAUGCUCUAUAACAUCCUGUCAAGGUGAUAUCAAUGCUCCAUAACAUCCUGUCAAAGUGAUAUCAAUGCUCCAUAACAUCCUGUCAAAGUGAUAUCAAUGCUCCACCAUAACAUCCUGUCAAAGUGAAAUCAAUGCUCCAGAACAUCCUGUCAAAGUGAUAUUAAUGCUCUAUAACAUCCUGUCAAAAUGAUAUCAUUGCUCCAUAACAUCCUGUCAAAGUGAUAUCAAUGCUCCAUAACAUCCUGUCAAAGUGAUAUCAAUGCUCUAUAACAUCCUGUAAAAAUGAUAUCAUUGCUCCAUAACAUCCUGUCAAAGUGAUAUCAAUGUUCCAGAACAUCCUGUCAAAGUGAUAUCAAUGCUCCAUAACAUCCUGCCAAAGUGAUAUUAAUGCUCUAUAACAUCCUGUCAAAGUGAUAUCAAUCCUGUAUAACAUCCUAUCAAAGUGAUAUCAAUGGUCUAUAACAUCCUGUCAAAGUGAUAUUAAUCCUCUAUAACAUACUGUCAAAGUGAUAUCAAUCCUCUAUAACAUCCUGUCAAAGUGAUAUCAAUCCUGUAUAACAUCCUAUCAAAGUGAUAUCAAUGGUCUAUAACAUCCUGUCAAAGUGAUAUCAAUCCUCUCUAACAUCCUGUCAAAGUGAUAUCAAUGCUCCAUAACAUCCUGCCAAAGUGAUAUUAAUGCUCUAUAACAUCCUGUCAAAGUGAUAUCAAUCCUGUAUAACAUCCUAUCAAAGUGAUAUCAAUGGUCUAUAACAUCCUGUCAAAGUGAUAUUAAUCCUCUAUAACAUACUGUCAAAGUGAUAUCAAUCCUCUAUAACAUCCUGUCAAAGUGAUAUCAAUCCUGUAUAACAUCCUAUCAAAGUGAUAUCAAUGGUCUAUAACAUCCUGUCAAAGUGAUAUCAAUCCUCUCUAACAUCCUGUCAAAGUGAUAUUAAUGCUCUAUAACAUCCUGUCAAAGUGAUAUCAAUGCUCCAUAACAUCCUGUCAAAGUGAUAUCAAUGCUCCAUAACAUCCUGUCAAAGUGAUAUCAAUGCGCCCUAAAAUCAUGUCAAAGUGAUAUCAAUGCGCCCUAAAAUCAUGUCAAAGUG